AAAAAAAAAAAAAUUAAACAAAUAAAUAAAUAUGAAGUGCUGGAAAUGGAAAAGCGCUUUUCACCCUAGUAGACUGGAAGGGUCUGCAUUAGCCCCUGGAGGAGUAAUUUGUGGCUCGAGAACAGGUUAGGAGAAUUAGGGACCCUCAUUCAUUUCUCAUCGAUCCCUCGAUUCACAUAUUUAUUGAGCACCUGUCAUGAACCAGCCCCAGUGCUUUGUGCUGCGCAGAGAGGCAGUGAAAAAAUAGUCUGGGUCCCUGCUCGUGAAAAUUACAGAUAAUUACAACGCACAGAAUGGCUUCAGCAGACUUUCUCCCCUCUUCUGCUCUCUUUGAAGGCGUACGCAGUGUGAUAGUCAGAGAAAGUUGUAGAAAAGCAGCUUGAGUUUAUUUUUACCUUUCCACGGCUAUAGCUGUGAUCCACUCAGUCCGCUGUGAUGCAGCUUCUGCUCUCUCUGCGCUCCUCUGAGAUGUUCUUUGAAAUGUCUCUGGCCGGUUUCUGUUGCUGUUACAGACGACUGAGCUAGCAGUAUUGAGGGAAGCAGCUGGCAGGCCAGAGCGAGGACCUGGCUCCAUCCUCUGCUCCAGGGCCUCGUUCUCGCUGGAGCUGGACCCUUUCAGGGACACAAAUACUAGCAUGUCACGUUGGUCUUACAAAGGCUGCUUCAUGAGAAUGGAAUCAGGAGCAAUGGAAGGUGGAUAGUUGGGGCUGUUUGGGGCAAGCACCAAUUGUCAGUGUACUGGGUAUUCAUUUCCAUGAGUCUGUCUCCUUAGUGCAUCUGUGAAUUUCUUUUCUAAUAAUGUUUUGCCCACAGAGGACACAUGGUUAAUGCUGAUUGGUUUCAGCACUUUGAGAUAGAAUCUAGAUAUCAGCACUCUGCACCUUCCAGUAUAAACACCUUUGUUAGAAAGUACAGCCCUGCGGGUAUUCCCAGAAACUCUGUGAUAAGCACGGUAUUGAGGAGUUGUGAGUGAUGUAGGCCCCCUGAUCUAACAGUUAUGAAGCAGGAGGCCUGAAACCAUGACUUAACUCCUCUGCAGGUGGGAGAGGCUGGGCUGAGGGAGAAAUCAGCACCUGUUCGUCCUUGAUGCUCUGAUGAGCCCAAGGCUGUUGUGCUGGACACACACUUGUUAGUUCCUCAGGCUAACAAGGUUGAGGUGGAAGGUACUUUCUGUGCCAUUCCCCUUUCCCUGAAUGUGUUCCUUUGUACACUCAGGUUGUCUCAGGCGCUUGGGAGACAGAGGUGAGCAGAAAGUAGCCUAUUGCAUGUAGACGUGGAAAGGGCUUUGGAGGUCAUCCCCAUCCCACCUCGGACCACCAGCAUCCCCCCACCCCAGCUGCCAUCACAACUAUGUGCUGGAACUGGUGCCCGUUUUUACCUAUGUUGGAUGCAUGUGCCAGCGGGUUUCCUGCUUUCCUGGUGGUCUGGAACCUUUGACAGUGGACAGGAGGAAAAUAGGAGGAGUGAAUAUUCAUUUGGCUUCUCUUCUCCUGUCCUUUAUUUCAGAGCUUUAGGGAGAGCUGAUAUCUCAUUUUCUGCUGUGGUCCCCAAGUCAGCUUAACUUCUCUAAACUCUAUUACCUAGCUAAUGGUUGCAUUUGUGUGGAUAAAUGAGGAAAUGUAUACUUUUGGGUAAAGAAUACAACUUUCAGAAAUGUUUACGUCAAUUUAGGCUUUCGAUGAAGCUAUGGAUGUUUCUGUAGAAUAUUUAAAUAAUACCUAAGCUGUUCACAUGACUCUUCUCACUAUUGUGGUUAAGCUGCCUCUGCCUCCACCCCUGAACAGCAUUUAUCCCAGGAGUGGCUCCAUCCCGCAGCACUGAACUGUUCAUAAAACCAGGAGGGAGGAUGGCGUGGCGGGUUCCGUGCAAAGUGGCACAUGUGCAGUCCCUUCAUACUGAGACCUGGUGAACCUCCAUUGAUAAAAGGCUGGCUUCCUUACUUUGGAGAAGCCCUGAAAUUACAAAAAGAUCCCCUAGGUUUCAUGACUACUCUUCAAAAGCAGUAUGGUGAUGUUUUCACUCUUUUCCUUGGAGGAAAUUACAUAACGUUUAUCCUGGACCCUUUCCAGUACCAGUCAGUGGUAAAAAAUCAAAAAUUAAGCUUUCAAAUGUUUACUAGUAAAUUCUUAAUGAGAGUAUUUUCUGUCAAAAAGAUGAUGACAUAUCAUGACCUGAACGACAAGAUUCAUACUAGCUAUCAGCUUUUACGAGGGAAGCAUUUGGACACACUGAUGGAAAACACAAUGCAGACUCUAAAACAAGUUUUUGAACCACAACUCUUAAAAACCACAAGUUGGGACACGGAAUAUUUGUUGACAUUCUGCAGCUCAGUAAUAUUUGAGGUGACAUUUACAGCCAUACAUGGAAAUGUUCUUGCUGGCGAUAGGAAAACAUUUAUGACCGAGUUAAGAGAUGAUUUUUUUAAAUUUGAUGGCAAAUUCACACAUUUAGCAUCAGGCAUACCCAUUGAGCUUCUCGGAAACAUCAAGUCUAUUCGAACGAAACUUAUAAAACAAUUGACAACAGAAAACUUAGCCAAGUUACAAGGAUGGUCAGAAGUUGUUCAAAUGAGGCAAGAUAUCCUGGAGAAAUACUAUACGCCCAAGGACACUGAAAUAGGAGCACAUCAUUUAGGCUUGCUCUGGGCCUCUGUGUCUAACACUGUUCCAACUAUGUUCUGGACGAUGUAUUACCUUCUACGGCACCCAGGAGCUAUGGCAGCGCUGCGUGACGAAAUUGACCAUUUGCUGCAGUCAACAGGUCAAAAGAAAGGGCCUGGAUUUUCCAUCCACCUCACCAGAGAACAAUUGGACAGCCUGGUCUACCUUGAAAGCACCAUUCUUGAGGUCUUGCGACUAUGCUCCUUUUCUGGCAUCUUUCGUGUCGUUCAAGAGGACUUGACACUACGCUUAGAGAGCCAGGACUGCUGUCUGCGAAAGGGAGACUUUGUAGGCAUCUUUCCUCCCGUCUUACAUUAUGACCCUGAAAUCUUUGAAGCUCCAGAGGAGUUUAGAUUUGAUCGUUUUACAGAAAGUGGUAAGAAGAAAACCACCUUUUUUAAAAGAGGGAAAAAGUUGAAGUAUUACCACAUGCCAUUUGGAUUUGGAGUCAGCAAAUGUCCAGGCCGAUUUUUGGCAAUAGUUGAGAUAAAGCAAUUGUUGGUUGUAUUUUUAACUUAUUUUGAUUCAGAAAUAAUUGAUGAUAAGCCCUUAGAACUAAACUACAACCGCUUUUUGUUUGGUAUUCAGUAUCCAGACUCUGAUGUUUUAUUUAGGUACAAAGUAAAAUCUUAAAGAAGCUAAAAAGAAAGAAGAGAAAUCUUUCAAAGCUAACCUAAAUGUCCUUAGCUCAUCUAUUUGUUUUUAAUUUCUUCAAAUGUAAUUGCUUUGUUUGUUUUAAAAGUGCCAAUUUCUGUUUGAUCUGAGAUCAGUCCAGUCUGUACUUUGUCACAAAACCCAUCAAAAAAAAGAAAGAAAGAAAGAAACUGCAUGGUGGCAUGAAAUUGACAUCAAAAUCAACAUAAUGAUUAACUUAAA